UUGGAGGAGGUGCCGCCUGCUUCCCGGCCGGGGAUGAAGCGCUCCGCCCGCUGUUGCAGCUGAGCCGGGUCCCGGCCGCGCGGGCUUUCUUCUUGUGAAUAACUUGAGACCUUGUGUCUGCUGCUCCUUGUAGACUUCCUCAAGAACAUGAAAUAAACAAGUGACAGUUUCACUGCUGCUCCCAGGAUUCUGAGUAGGCGCCAUAAAUCUAUCCAAUGUCUUAACUUCACACUCCUGCUGCUUGGCAAAGCUGAGUAGCAGAUGCUGGAGCUGUCUGCAGAUUGGGGAAGACAAUGCUACGUCUGUUUACAUUUGGUUCCUUUCUGGAUGGUUACCGUCACAAUUAUAAGGACUAGAAACAAUCCCUCACACACUUGGGAAGCUUCCCACUUGUUACUGGAAUUACUGUAACUAUAGAGAGAACCUGAGGCACAAUGGGAGACGAUAGUGAGUGGAUUAAACUGUCCAUUGACCAGAAAUGUGAACACAAGUUGUGGAAAGCCAGAAUGAAUGGCUAUGAAGAAGCUCUGAAGCUUUUUCAGAAAAUAGAAGACGAGAAAAGCCCUGAGUGGUCCAAGUAUCUGGGACUAAUAAAAAAAUUUGUGACAGACUCCAAUGCGGUGGCUCAGUUGAAAGGAUUAGAAGCAGCACUUGCCUAUGUUGAAAAUGCUCAUGUAGCAGGAAAGACAACAGGAGAAGUGAUUUCUGGAGUUGUAAAUAAAGUGUUCAAUCAACCUAAAGCCAGAGCAAAGGAGUUGGGUAUAGACAUCUGUUUAAUGUAUAUAGAAAUUGAGAAAGGGGAGCCUGUACAAGAAGAGCUGUUAAAAGGCCUGGACAACAAGAACCCUAAGAUCAUAGUAGCAUGUAUAGAGACAUUGAGGAAAGCACUGAGUGAAUUUGGUUCAAAAAUAAUCUCACUAAAGCCAAUUAUCAAAGUGUUGCCAAAACUCUUCGAGUCUCGAGAGAAGGCUGUUCGAGAUGAAGCCAAACUCCUCGCUGUAGAGAUCUACCGCUGGAUAAGGGAUGCUCUGAGACCACCGUUACAGAACAUAAACUCGGUUCAGCUAAAAGAGCUGGAAGAAGAAUGGGUCAAGCUACCGCCAGCAGCUCCCAAACAGAGCAGAUUCCUGCGUUCCCAGCAAGAGCUGAAAGCCAAGUUUGAGCAGCAGCAGGCAGCUGGAGGUGAUGCAGAUGGAGGAGGAGAUGAUGGGGAUGAGGUUGUCCCACAGGUGGAUGCUUAUGAGCUGCUGGAAGCUGUGGAGAUUCUUUCCAAACUUCCCAAAGACUUCUAUGACAAAAUAGAAGCCAAAAAGUGGCAGGAGAGGAAAGAAGCUCUGGAAGCUGUUGAAAUGCUGGUGAAGAAUCCCAAACUAGAAGCAGGGGACUAUGCAGACAUGGUGAAAGUUCUUAAGAAGGUUGUUGGAAAGGACACAAAUGUCAUGUUGGUUGCUUUGGCUGCCAAAUGCCUUGCUGGAUUGGCUACCGGCCUCAGGAAGAAAUUUGGACAAUAUGCAGGACAAGUUGUGCCGACUAUCCUGGAGAAGUUCAAAGAGAAGAAGCCACAGGUCGUGCAGGCCCUGCAGGAAGCCAUAGAUGCAAUCUUCCUUACGACUACAUUGCAGAACAUAAGUGAGGAUAUUUUGGCUGUGAUGGAUAACAAAAACCCAACAAUCAAGCAGCAGACAUCCCUAUUCAUUGCAAGAAGUUUUCGUCACUGUACACCUUCUACCCUGCCAAAGAGCCUGCUAAAACCCUUCUGUGCUGCUCUUCUUAAGCAUAUCAAUGACUCUGCUCCUGAAGUUAGAGAUGCUGCAUUUGAAGCACUAGGCACAGCUCUGAAGGUGGCUGGAGAGAAAGCUGUGAACCCUUUCCUAGCAGAUGUGGACAAACUCAAACUAGAUCGGAUUAAAGAGUGUGCUGAAAAGGUGGAGCUGGCUUAUGGUAAGAACACAGGUGGAGCAGCUGAUAAAAAGGAAUGCAGACCUGCUGCUGGAAAGACCCCAGUUCUUUCAGGGGCUGCUGGGGACAAGGAUACAAAAGACACUUCAGCCAAAUCAGGACCUUUGAAAAAGGCUCCCGCUGCCAAGUCCUCUGGCCCUCCCAAGAAAGGCAAGCCAGCUGCAGCUGCUGGUGCAGGAGGUGCUGCAACCAAAGGCAAGAAAGGAUCUGAGAUCAAAGAGAUAUUUGAACCUGAACUCUCGAUAGAAGUGUGUGAAGAGAGAGCUUCAGCUGUCCUCCCAGCCUCUUGCAUACAGCAGUUAGAUAGUGGUAACUGGAAGGAGAGACUUGCUUGCAUGGAGGAGUUUCAGAAGGCCGUAGAACUGAUAGAGAGAAGUGAAAUGCCCUGCCAAGCUCUGGUGAGGAUGCUGGCCAAGAAACCUGGGUGGAAGGAAACCAACUUUCAGGUAAUGCAAAUGAAGCUUCAUAUAGUUGCCCUGAUUGCUCAGAAGGGGAACUUUUCCAAAACAUCAGCCCAGAUUGUGCUGGAUGGUCUCGUGGACAAGAUUGGUGAUGUGAAAUGUGGGAGUAACGCAAAAGAAGCAAUGACAGCAAUAGCGGAAGCAUGUCUGUUGCCAUGGACUGCUGAACAGGUUAUGUCCAUGGCUUUCUCUCAAAAAAAUCCUAAAAACCAGUCGGAAACCCUGAACUGGCUCUCGAAUGCAAUCAAAGAGUUUGGCUUUUCUGGGUUGAAUGUUAAGGCUUUCAUCAGCAACGUAAAGACAGCUCUUGCAGCCACUAACCCAGCUGUAAGGACUGCUGCUAUUACCUUGUUGGGUGUCAUGUAUCUCUAUGUGGGACCCCCUUUGCGAAUGUUCUUUGAGGAUGAGAAGCCAGCUCUUCUCUCCCAGAUAGAUGCAGAAUUUGAAAAGAUGCAAGGGCAGACUGCACCUGCCCCAACUCGAGGCACUUCCAGACACAGUGGUGGCAGCGGGGAUGAUGGUGAGGAAAGAGAGGAGCAAGAGGAUAUAGGGAAUGAUGUUGUGGAUCUUCUUCCAAGAACAGAGAUCAGUGAUAAGAUCACAGCUGAAUUGGUGUCUAAGAUUGGGGACAAAAACUGGAAGAUCCGAAAGGAAGGUCUGGAUGAAGUGACAAGCAUCAUUAAUGAUGCCAAAUUUAUACAGCCAAAUAUAGGAGAACUUUCAGCUGCCUUGAAGUGUCGUCUCAAUGACUCCAAUAAAAUCUUGGUUCAACAAACACUGAGCAUCCUCCAGCAGUUAGCCAUGGCAAUGGGCCCAAACAUUAGGCAACAUGUGAAAAACCUGGGCAUUCCCAUCAUCACUGUUCUUGGAGACAGUAAGAACAAUGUACGUGCUGCUGCCCUGGCUACUGUGAAUGCUUGGUCAGAACAAACUGGCAUGAAAGAAUGGUUGGAAGGAGAAGACCUGUCUGAGGAGCUCAAAAAAGAAAACCCUUUCUUAAGACAAGAGCUUCUGGGCUGGUUGGCUGACAAGCUGCCUACCCUCCGUUCUGUUCCUUCUGACUUGCUUUUGUGUGUGCCUCACCUGUACUCCUGCCUGGAGGAUCGAAAUGGAGACGUGCGUAAAAAAGCACAGGAUGCCUUGCCAUUCUUUAUGAUGCAUCUCGGUUUUGAGAAGAUGGCCAAAGCUACUGGCAAGCUGAAGCCAACUUCCAAAGAUCAGGUACUGGCCAUGCUCGAAAAAGCCAAAGCCAUCAUGCCAGCCAAACCUGCUGCUCCUGCUAAGGCAUCUUCCAGAGUGGUAGGAGGAGCAGCUCCAGCCAAAUUCCAGUCUGCAUCAGCACCUGCUGAAGAUUCAGGGUCCAGCACCAUGGAGCCCAAGCCUGACCCCAAAAAGGCCAAAGCAGGAGGAGCUGCCUCUAAAGCUAAGGGUGCACAAGGGAAGAAGGUACCAAGUAAGCCCAAUCUGAAGGAAGAUGAUGACAAAUCAGGUCCUAUUUUUAUCAUUGUCCCAAAUGGGAAAGAGCAAAGAAUGAAAGAUGAGAAAGGAUUGAAGGUGCUGAAAUGGAACUUCACUACUCCCCGUGAUGAAUAUAUCGAACAGCUAAAAACUCAGAUGUCCAGCUGUGUUGCCAGAUGGGUACAAGAUGAGAUGUUUCAUACAGACUUUCAGCACCACAACAAGGCAUUGGCUGCAAUGGUAGAGCACUUGGAGAGUGAAAAAGAUGGAGUCAUCAGCUGCCUGGAUCUGAUCUUGAAAUGGCUCACCCUACGGUUCUUUGAUACCAACACAAGUGUGCUGAUGAAGGCCCUUGAAUACCUUAAAUUGCUUUUCACCUUGCUGAGCCAGGAGGAGUAUCAUCUUACGGAGAACGAGGCAUCCUCUUUCAUCCCAUAUCUUAUCCUGAAGGUUGGGGAACCCAAAGAUGUUGUCCGCAAGGAUGUGCGUGCCAUUCUGAAUAGGAUGUGCUUAAUCUAUCCAGCCAGCAAGAUGUUCACUUUCAUCAUGGAGGGGACAAAGUCAAAAAACUCCAAACAGCGGGCAGAAUGCCUGGAAGAGCUGGGGUGUCUCGUUGAGUCAUACGGCAUGAAUGUGUGCCAGCCAACUCCUGGCAAAGCAUUAAAGGAGAUGGCCAUUCACAUUGGCGACAGAGACAACACUGUCCGCAAUGCUGCACUCAACACCAUCGUGACUGUCUACAAUGUGCAUGGGGACCAGGUGUUCAAGUUGAUUGGAAAUCUUUCUGAGAAAGACAUGAGCAUGCUGGAGGAGAGAAUAAAGCGGGCUGCUAAGAGGCCCGCUGCUGCGCCGGCAAGGCAGUCAGAAGAGAAACCUCAGCGUGCUCCGAGCACGAACGCUAAUGCUAGCGUGCUGAGGAAAGGACCGGCUGAGGACAUGUCUUCCAAACUCAACCAAGCCCGCAACGUGAGUGGCCAUUCUGAGAUAACUCAUACAGUUCCACGGGAAUUCCAGCUGGAUCUAGAUGAAAUUGAGAAUGACAAUGGCACAGUUCGAUGUGAGAUGCCAGCACUUGUACAGCACAAAUUAGAUGACAUCUUUGAGCCAGUCCUCAUCCCAGAACCCAAGAUCCGUGCUGUGUCCCCACACUUCGAUGACAUGCACAGUAAUACAGCUUCCACCAUCAACUUUGUCAUCUCCCAGGUAGCCAGUGGUGACAUAAAUACUAGUAUCCAGGCUCUGGCACAGAUUGAUGAGGUCCUCAGACAGGAGGACAAAGCAGAAGCCAUGUCUGGACACAUUGACCAGUUCCUAAUAGCUACAUUCAUGCAGCUCCGACUGAUCUACAACACACACAUGGCAGAUGAGAAACUGGACAAGGAUGAGAUAGUCAAGCUCUACAGCUGCAUCAUCGGGAACAUGAUCUCGCUUUUCCAGAUGGAGAGCCUGGCUCGGGAGGCCUCAACAGGAGUGUUGAAAGACUUAAUGCAUGGCCUCAUUACAUUAAUGCUGGAUUCACGGGUUGAGGACCUUGAGGAAGGGCAGCAGGUCAUCCGAUCAGUCAACCUUUUGGUGGUGAAGGUUCUGGAGAAGUCUGACCAGACCAACAUAUUGAGUGCCCUUCUUGUUCUGCUCCAAGACAGUCUACUAGCAACAGCCAGCUCUCCCAAGUUCUCAGAGCUCGUCAUGAAGUGUCUGUGGAGAAUGGUGCGGCUUCUUCCUGAAACCAUCAAUAGCAUCAACCUGGAUCGAAUCCUGCUGGACAUCCACAUUUUCAUGAAGGUGUUUCCCAAGGAGAAGCUGAAGCAGUGUAAAAGUGAAUUCCCCAUAAGGACACUUAAAACCCUGCUUCACACUCUGUGCAAGCUGAAAGGGCCCAAGAUCUUGGACCAUUUAACAAUGAUAGAAAACAAGAAUGAAUCUGAGCUGGAGGCUCACUUGUGUCGAGUAAUGAAGCACUCCAUGGACCAAACUGGAAGCAAGACUGAUAAAGAGAUGGAAAAGGGGGCUUCUCGCAUAGAUGAAAAGUCUUCAAAGGCCAAAGUAAAUGAUUUUUUAGCAGAGAUAUUUAAGAAGAUUGGCUCCAAGGAAAACACUAAAGAGGGUCUGGCAGAGCUGUAUGAAUACAAAAAGAAGUAUUCUGAUGCAGACAUUGAACCCUUCCUGAAAAACUCAUCUCAGUUUUUCCAGAGCUACGUAGAACGAGGCCUCCGGCACAUUGAGAUGGAAAAGGAGGGCAAAGGACGCAUUCCUUCAUCUACAGGAAUUUCUCCUCAGAUGGAGUUAACGUGUGUCCCCACUUCCACCAACACAGUGUCCUCAUCCAUAGGAAACACAAAUGGGGAAGAGGUGGGGCCUUCAGUCUACCUGGAAAGGCUAAAAAUCCUCAGGCAGCGUUGUGGCCUUGACAAUGCAAAGCAGGAAGACAGACCACCAUUGACAUCACUGCUCUCCAAACCAGCAGCCCCUACAGUUGCAUCCUCCACGGAUAUGCUGCACAGUAAGCUCUCUCAGCUCCGUGAGUCACGAGAGCACUACCAGCAUUUGGACCUAGACUCCAAUCAGACACACUCCUCUGGCAUUGGAACCACCACCUCUUCCUCCUCCUCCACAGCAGCCAAUAUUGAUGACUUGAAAAAAAGACUGGAGAGAAUAAAAAGCAGUCGCAAAUGAAGCUGUUUGAGAGAGAGAGCAUGGCUGCUGCUUAGCUGUCUUCAGCUUUAGUUUACUAAACUAGAAGUCUUCAUAGUUAAAGGGGCCUCAUUUAGGUCUAGUGUAUACAAACUGGUUUAUGUAUAAUACAGUGGAUUUUGGGGGAUGAUCUGAGUCAUUGUGGCACAAGUAUUUGUACAUACUCUGCUUCUCAGUGAGCAUCUCUUGACAAUAGAAGAUUGUCUGUGUAUUAGGUGUAGUGUACAGACCUGUAAACAGCUGUCCUCCUGCUCAGACUAGCUUCUCAUACCUUGUUUUUUAUUUGUAAAAUUGUCUUAAGAUCUUUUCCUAGCUCUUAACUCCUAGAAGCUCAUUAGUGGUUUCACUUUUAAUUUGUGAAUUCUUCUCCAUGUAAUCCUUGAACUGUUGAUUCUGUAUGGACGCAUGGCAUGGCGUAACUAAUUUAAGUGUCUUUUUGUAAAUAAAGUUUGCAUUAACUAUA